AUGACUGCAGUUCUUAGAUCUCUCAAAUUCUUAGAGUUUAAAGUAUCUACCUCAGAAAAUAUACCGCACUCUUAUUUUAAAGAGGUUUCAGCCCAAAAUUGGCAACUAAAACAUUAUCUGAGCUUUCGUUUAAGAAUUGACGAAAUUAUUUUGCCGUGGUCUACAGUAUACAACGAGUGGCAACAGUCUCUUGAAUUUAUUUCUAAAAACUUGAAUAAAACUAUUCCAGGAUGUGUGUCCAGCUUUUGCGUUGAACUACAAAAAAUUUGUGACACUUUUGAAGGUGCCAUUGUUCUCCAAGGCUGUGAGAAGUUUUAUGAAGAAUUUUAUCAACGAAGUAUUGAUCUGCAAAUUGCUGAAAGACGUCGACUCUUGGAAACAACAAUAUUUUCGGAGCAAAAGUUUACGGAAUUCUUACAAGCAUCGGGUCAAAAGCGAAUAAUGGAGGAUAUUGAAGAUGCCGCAUCGUCCAAUGAAAAGCGUGUUUGUCAUAACGUCUUACAUGAAUUUGUUUGUACAGUACUUAAAUUCGAAUCCAUAUUGUUUGUUACGCGCAAAUAUUUUAUUAACAUUGCUUCUUCCAAUUUAUUUCACAAGUCCCGAAAUUGCGACAUAGAAGAAAAUAAAAACAACGAGGAGUCUGAUUUAUUUAACAAUCAAGGAGUAGGUGUUGAAUAUGACACCGAAGUUAGAAAUCUUUUGAAUGAAUCAGAAACCUGUUCACAGGAACUUAGCACCAUUCUAGCCGCUUUUAGAACUUAUCAACAUGAAGCAAAGAAUAUUCUUUCGGAAAAUGAAAUUAUGGAUUUAAGACCAUCUUCUGAAUUUGUUCUCUUGUACCUAAAAGAAACGGAGUAUGACUUGUUAAUUGAAAAGGUUUUUGAGCCUAUUGACAAAAUCUUUCCAAAAGAGGCCGAUGACUUUCUAAUCGAUUUCUUUUCAGAGGUAACUUAUUUAGUUAGGGCUUCGUUGGCGGAUUGUAAAUCAUAUACCAUCAAAUUAGGCGAACAACAAUGGGAGGAUAAAAUCGAAAGCUUGAUGGAAGAUAAUUCAGGGCAAAAUAAUUUUGACUCCUACAAAUUAAUGUCUGAUAAUCCACUUAAAAAUAAAGAAAUGACAGAAGAAGAAUACAUGAAUACUUAUAUUAAUCCGAUUUUAAAAAAUGCAUUGAUCCGUGGUGGCAAAGCUAUCAAAGCCUCUACGUAUCGAAAAACCGUGAUGAACCAGAAAGGAAGCGCAGAUCGUGCGGAUGGGAUAGCAUACACAUCCAACCAACAAAAUUCUUAUGAAAUUUCUGUUACUGAGGGGAGCCGGCCAUACGUUACGGAAAAAAAUAAAGAAAUUUGUGAUUUCAUUCAAAAUGCAAGAGCGGCAAAGGAUAUGAUUAACUUUGUUGUAACCCAGGAAGUAUUACAUAAACGGCCACUUCCAGCAUAUUUUCGAACAUUCAUGUUCCAAGUUUUCGAGUUUAACUUGCGGUUCUAUUUUAUGGAAUAUCUUGCUCAGUAUUGUAUCUUCGAAAUUGAAACUUGCGAAGUACCUACGGAUUGGAAGGAAACCCUGCAAUUUUCCUCUUUUUAUCGCGCAAUUGUAACUUGGGCACUAUUGGUAGGAGAAGCCGAUAAAAAAUUUCAAGAAUCAAGGAAUAAAAGGAGUUCACGUUUAAGCAAUUCUCACAAUAUACGAAAAUUGCUAAGGCUUUCACAUAAUGACGAUCGGGGCG